CGCACUAUUUACAGGAGGUCCUUUAUUCCUGCUCUGCGGAGUAAUUCACGUGUGUGAGAAGGCUUCGCUUGUCAGUCAGACUUUGAACUGUGCACUGGCGCUCAUCGCUGCUAAUCUCUGACCGCUGGUUGUCAUCAACAUCGCUGCCGCUGACACUUAUUGCCGACGAGCUCAGUUUUGUAGAUUAGGAUGAACAGUUGCUAAGAGAGGCAGGAAACCCGAGGGCAACACCGUAGGGACCGAGCGGAGAUUAAACGUUAGCUACACCGUUUAACGUUCACGUUACUCGGGAGUUGCGAUGGUCCAGUCAAGGGAUAUUUUUUUAUCCUUGCUUCUCGUGAGCUGUACAGUUUCACUGGAAGUGCAGAUCAUACCAACUCAUGGUGAGAUUAGUCUUGGAGAGUCCAAAUUCUUUGUGUGUGAAGUUGUAGGCGUUGCCAAGCACAUAGACUGGUUUGGACCAAGUGGGGACAGGAUAGAGCCGAACAGACAAGACACAACAGUAACCCGUAAUGAUGAGUCAUCUUCCACCCUCACACUGUAUAAAGCUGGGACGGAAAGCGCUGGGACAUACAAGUGUGUCGCUACCAAUGGAGACCAGCAAGCGGAGUCAACCGUCAAAGUGAAGAUCUUCCAAAAAAUCACCUUUACAAAUGCUCCCACACCCCAAGAGUUUACCGAAGGAGACAAUGCCAACAUUAUUUGUGAUGUCGUCAGUUCACCUCCACCCACUGUCCUCUGGAAAUAUAAAGGAGCAAAAAUACAGAUGGAAAAAGAUGUUCGGUUUAAAGUACUGAACAACAAUCACCUUCAAAUCCGUGGCAUAAAGAAGACGGAUGAGGGCUUGUAUACUUGCGAGGGUCGCCUGAUGGCGCGUGGCGAGAUUGAUCUGCGUGUCAUCAAGGUCGUUGUGAAUGUGCUCCCGACAAUCAGGAUAUGGCAGUCAGAGGUAAAUGCCACAGCAGAUGUUGGGCAGCCUGCCGUCCUGACUUGUGCUGUUGAUGGCUAUCCUGAACCCAUGGUGACCUGGACAAGGAACGAAGUGAACCUUGAGGCAGGAGAGAAGUACAGCUUUAAUGAAGAUGGCUCAGAAAUGACAAUAAUGGAUGUGACCAAACUGGAUGAAGGAGAGUACACCUGCAUUGCCAAGAACAAGGCUGGAGAAACUGAAAAGGAACUCAGUCUGAGAGUGUUUGUCAAACCUAACAUCACAUACAUCAUAAACCGGACUGCUACAGAGAUGGAGGAACAGGUAACCCUGACUUGCGAGGCAUCAGGAGAUCCGACUCCCACCAUUACCUGGAGUUACGGAGGUCAUGUCUUCACAGAAGGAGAGCAGGCACAUCUAAACAGGAUCUAUCAGGCAUCAUGGACUCGGCCUGAACAACACAAGAGCCCAGAUGGAAAUGUAGUGGUGAGGAGUGAUGCUCGUGUGUCCUCCCUCACUCUGAAGUAUGUCAAGUAUACAGAUGCUGGUCAGUACCUCUGCACAGCACGCAGUGCCAUCGGAGAGGAUGAUCAAACAGCAUAUCUGGAGGUCCGCUAUACGCCUAAGAUAAUCGGCACAGUGGCAGUGUAUACCUGGGAGGGAAAUCCUGCCAAUAUCAGCUGUGAGGUCAAGGCUCAUCCCAGUGAUGUCUCCAUUGUGUGGCUGAGAGAUGGACUGCAGCUCCCCAACUCAAACACCACCAACAUUAAAAUCUUCAGAAUUCCCUCAGCCAGCUACCUGCAGAUAACCCCCGAGUCUGAAAAUGACUUUGGAAGCUAUAACUGCACUGCUUCAAAUGAGAUGGGCACAGAGUCCAAGGAGUUCCUGCUCAUUCAGGCUGAGGUUCCAUCAGCUCCGUCCAUCGUGGAGGUGAGGCCGUUCUCCACCACAGCACUGAUCCAGUUUAUGGAGCCUGAAUCCACUGGAGGCGUUCCUGUCCUCAAAUACAGAGCUCAGUGGAGGAUGCGGGGCAGAGGCAGCUGGGUGCAGAAAGUCUACGAAGUCCAAGAUGGCUCCGCUGGUGAGGUAACAAUCACAGGCCUGAAGCCAGACUCCAGCUACGAAGUGAAGUUGUCAGCCGUCAACGGCAAGGGCGAAGGUGAAAGCUGCCCCGCUGUGUUCUUGAAGACGGAGCCUGUUCGCCACAGUUACAAAAACGGCAUUUUUCAUUUUUUCACUGAAGACACAGAAGGGAAUCCUAAUCCUCCUAAACUUGAAGGGGCACUUCAACAUAAAGGCAACUCCCUCAGAGUCAGCUGGAUCAAGCAGGAUGAUGGCGGCUCUCCCAUCUUACAUUAUCUUCUCCGUUAUAAGCCAGUGCAGUCGUCAGAGUGGAAACCAGAAAUCCGAUUGCCCAGUUCCAGUGAUUAUGUGGUUCUCAGUGGGUUGGACUGGGACACAGAGUACAAAAUCUAUGUGGUGGCAGAGAAUCAGAAGGGCAAGUCUCAGCCAGCAACCAUGUCCUUCAGGACGUCAUCAGAGCCAGAGGCUAUCCCAGAUUUAAGUGAGGAGUCUCCACUCUCCAUGGGCGUCAUGCUCUGGGCAGGAAUCCUCGUUGUAGUAUUUGUACUCCUGCUGCUGGCUGUGGAUGUCACCUGUUACUUUGUCAACAAAUGUGGCCUCAUCAUGUGUCUCUGUGGCAAAUCAGGCACAGGGACAAAAGGGCACAACUUGGAGGAGGGCAAGGCAGCUUUCAUGAAAGAUGAGUCCAAAGAGCCGAUAGUGGAAGUCAGAACAGAGGAUGAGUGCUCAGCCAAUCAUAACGCAGCAGGACCCAUAGAGCCUAAUGAAACCACACCUCUCACAGAGCCAGAGAAGGCGGCUUACACUGCUGCUCUGGCACUGGACACCCUCUCCUCCGUAGCCACCAACUCUGACACAGCCACUGCAACAAUUGAUCCCGGUCAGGACAGCCCCUCUAGUGAGACCACUACCCUCACUUGUAGCCUGUCUACCCCGGCCAACGAACCCUCACCCACCCCUGUCCCAGCUCCGGCCCCGACUCCAGAAUCGAACACGGCCCUGCCAAGUUCUCUCGUCUCCACAGCUGCUGUUGAAGCUAAAAUGGCGCCGUUAAUAGAACAAAGAGGAAGCGACACCCCAGAAGAACAGGAGAAAUUAAACACUCCUCCUUGCACCCCUGAACAGAUCAAACCUCAAAAAUCUGGGACACCAAUACCACCGAAGCGUAGACACUCUCCUAAACUUGCCGCUCUAAAUGCUAAAAGUAGUCCCCCUGUUUCUCCCCUCGCUGUCUCUCCUGCAUCUUCCUCUCCCACUGUAGAGAAGAAACCUGCCCCAAGCCCACCAGUCACCAAGCCUCCCACACAGCCAAACACUGUAGCCUUAAAUGCAGAGCCACAAACUGCCUCAACUCUAACAAGUAUUGCCCCCCCAAAACCAGACCCAGAUUCAAAGCCUGCAGUCUCAGAUUCCAGUGGGUGUAGCCUUACUGCCUUCAACAAAGGCAAAACUGUUGAUCAAACUGUUGACAGUACCAUACCCACUGCCAGAGUUGCUACUUCUAGUUCUCCUUCAGUGAUCCACAGUGUUCCUGAAGACCUGGAUGCUGAAAUAUCUGGUUCUCUAGUUUCAGGCAUUCCCUCACUUUUACCUGUCACUCCUGUUCCUUCCAAUCCUGUCCCUGCGACUCUUGAGGCGGUGCCAUUGAAUAACCUCUUCACAUCGGUGUCAGACACGUAUGACUUACUAACCCCUGACAUAGGGCCCAAAAAUGCAAGCUUAGAUUUGGAGCUGCUAAAUGGGACAGAAAGACCCUCAAUGCCCCCCGCAGACCUCAUUAGCUUAGACAGCCCGCCAGCUGCCCCCUCUCUACCCAAUGGAGACGAAGCAGACCCCCCCUCAGGCCCAGUUCUACAGGCAUCAGAGACUCUGGCCAAGACUGCUCCUCCUGUCAACGAUGAGAAGAUUUUUUCUGAUGAGAAAGGCAAACUGGAGGAGGGAGGCUUACCAAACACCCUGAUCUCUGCAGAACACAACAGUGUCAUACACACAAAUACAGCCGAGAGCAAAGCAUGAUGGGCCGGGGACGUCCCAGUCCUAUCCCAAAACAUUUUGCAGCAGCAGCAUCAUCAUCAUCAUCAUCAUCGAGCGAGAAACACUGCAGGAGUUUUGAUUUCCAGUGCCCUUAUCUCCACAUUUCAAAACAACAACACGCGUGUCGAUUGGUUAGAGCGCACUUUGACUGUGCUUUCUUUUCUGCUCAUGAAGUGUUUACUACACCCAAGGAGUCUAUCUGUAGGUCAUAAGAGAUUUAUUUUAUUUUUUUAUUCUUAUUUUAUUUAACCAGUCUGGAAGAUUAAGAAAAAUCUCUAAUUAUACAGAU